AUGGCAGGCCGCUGGCUCUGCGCUGCUUUGCCGGCUGUGCUUCUUCUAAAGGGCUGCGAUCAUUCGGAUCACGGGAGCAAGGCGGCUUGCGCCAAGAGCGACUUGCUCUGCCUCUGCAAGGCCGACUGCCAAGAGACUUGCCAGCAUUUCAACAUCACGGACAUGGAGGUCGGCGCAGCGUGCGCGAAAUGCAUGACCUCGCAGUGUGCGAAGGAGGCCAAGGCCAUGUGCCCCCAGGAUUCCGUGUCGAUCUGCCACAACUGCAUCACGGAUGGUGCCGUCUGCUGGGCAACCACCUGGCCCACUUGUGUGGCACAGUGCCUUCACUGGUGGGAGCCGGUCGAGUGCACACAAUGCUGGCUCACGAAUUACACAGCCAACUGCCUCGGCAAGUACAGCAAAUGCAUCGAGCCGGGCACAGAAGAUGGGGAGCCAAGCUUGUCUCCAGUGGCGUCGACUGAAACGAGCACAGCGCCUGCUGAAGUUGUGGUUUGA